AUGUCCGACCUUUUCCACUCUCUUUCACUGUCUCUCCUCCUCUUACCCUUCUUCUUCAUUUCCAUGGCUGCUCAGUUCAAUUAUUCAAUUUACCCCAGCUGCCCUUCAUACAACUGCGGGAACAUCAAUAUCAGCUACCCUUUUUGGAGGAUCGGCAGUGAAACCUCCACCCGGUUCUGCGGUUACCCUGGUUUUGGAAUCAAUUGCUCUAAAGACGGUGAUCAACAGGAUAUUCCAACUAUUAAUUUGGGAAACGAUUCUUACUAUAUCCAAAAUAUAUUUUACGGUGAUCAAAUACUGGAAUUCCCUUAUAUACUCUACGAACCAAAGACUAUUGUCCUUGUAGACUACGACGUUUCUGCCACCGUCCCGAUCGUCGACUGCCCCAUGGUGCGCCAUAACAUUUCAAUCGGAACUUUGCCUUUCCUUUUUACGGAUCAGAAUGUUAACCUACGUGUUCACUUUAAUUGUACCGGAGUUCCGCCUUUUGCACAUGAAAUCCCGUGUCUGAGUUCCGCGAGUAGUAAGUCGUGCGUUAAUAAAGUGAACUCCGAGCCAGCGAAUUUCAGUUGGGAUGAGUACUCAUGUGAUGACGAUGCUGUUGUAGCGACGGUGUUGGAUCAUGAACUUGGGCCAGAAAGAUUGCUGGGGAUAGAGUUCAUCGAAGCCUUGAGGGGAGGAUUCGAGCUCGCAUGGGAGAGAAUGGGGAAUUGCAAAAAGUGUGAAACUUCCUUUGGGCGGUGCGGUUACAAUAGCAAUACGACGGAGUUCAUGUGUUUUUGCUCCGGCGGCACGACUACUUUGGGUCAUUGUGAAGGUCUUGGUGCAACAAUCUAUGCUCACGUGAUGUGA